AUGGUUGCACUCUCUCGUUUCUUCAUCGCCGCACUCGCACUUGCCACUAGCUCUUUAGCUCUCCCAUCCAAUGCGACUCUCUCUGCACGGGAUUUAGACGAUCUAGACUCCCCAUGUGCCACGGAUGACCCUUACGUUGGUCUCUCAGAGGCAGAGAUCGCAGGUAUCACUGCCAAUCCCCCGCUCAAUAUUCCCGAGACUCGGACUAUCAAGGUCGACUCGGCCAUCCUCGCUCUCAACUCGCAGUUUGUUGGCUCCGGAUUUACAUUCCAACGUGCUCAGCUCAAGUAUACUAAGAACGCCAAGUGGUUCAACGAGGUCGAUAAAAACCAACUCACCUUGGAUAUGAAGAACAAGUUACAUACUGGGACCGCCAAAGAUUUGAACAUCUAUACUCUUCACGAAUUCGAAGCGCGGUGGAUUCGCUACCUUCCCAUGGAAGUAUACCAAAGAGCCCAAGCUCGAUGGUGUUGUCAUGAAGUGGAACACUACCCCUGGGGGAGCCUGUCCAACUACAACCAAGGAAAAAUCUUAACCCACGAAGUUGGCCACUGGGCGGGUUUGUUCCAUACUUUCCAAGGCGGGUGCUCCGAAAAGGGAGACGAAGUUUCCGACACCCCCGCUGAGGAAACUGCCGCAACCGGGUGUCCCGUUAGUCGUGAUACUUGCAAGGACAUACCUGGCCAAGACCCGAUCCAUAACUAUAUGGACUACACUUAUGAUCGCUGCAAGACCGAUCCUUUUACCGCUGGUCAAAUUAAGCGUAUGAGGGAGAUGAUGCAGCAGCAUCGUGCAAAGUGA